AUGCUAACCAUCUGGAUCCGCGGGUUUCCUGCUGUUAUUCGAUGCUGUUCCGCAUUCAUGCGAUCUCUCUUCCCUCGUGUCGUCCGGCUCCUCGUUCUCUCUUCUUUCGGCACGUGCUCUUUUUUCCUUUCCCCCUGCUCUCGUUUCCUUCCCCCCUGCUCUCUUUUCCUUCCCCCCUGCUCUCUUUUCCUUCCCCCCUGCUCUCUUUUCCUUCCCCCCUGCUCUCCUUUCCUUCCCCCCUGCUCUCUUUUCCUUCUCCCCUGCUCUCUUUUCCUUCCCCCUGCUCUCUUUUCCUUCCCCCCUGCUCUCUUUUUCCUUCCCCCCUGCUCUCUUUUCCUUCCCCCCUGCUCUCUUUUCCUUCCCCCCUGCUCUCUUUUCCUUCUCCCCUGCUCUCGUCUCCUGCCUGACUCGUGUGCGCAGUCCACGGCGGAGGGGGAACGCUGUGUGGUAAAUUCUCUGGGGGGAGAGUGUGUGGGCGCGGGAGUGGAUCCAGCACCUGCAUCUGCUGCUCAGGGCGGGUCGUCCCCACCCACACCACCACCACCGGGCAUUGCGGCACCAGCUCCUGCUGCUCCUGCUCUCACCGCCUCUCUUGCCAACACGCCCCAUGCAACUCCUCCUGCUGCUGUGGCGCCCGGAGGAGCAGCAGCUGCUGCUGCUGCUGGGGUUGGCAAUGGUGAAUGGGGAGUGCCGCCCACCUCCGGUGCGCAUCAGCAUAUGGUAGCACAAGGAACGGUGCAGCAAGGAGCAGUGCUGCACCAAGCGGUGCAGAACGGUUCCCCUCGAAAUCCUUCUUGUAGCGAGCCGUCUUUUGCUGCAGAUCCUUCCUCUGUGUCGCUUGCUGCUGCUCCGUCUGCCACCUGUGUUUCUCCCCCACCGGAUUUCGUUGUUGCGUCUGCUCUGUAUGCCACUCAGCUGACUGCCCCCACUUGCUCACCUGUUUCAAGCCCUGCUGCAAAACCUGCUACGUGUCCCGUUACAAGUCCAGUAUCAAAUCCUGUUACAAGCCCCGUUUCAAAUCGUGUUUCAAGCCCCGUUUCAAAUCCUGUUACAAGCCCCGUUAGAAAUCCUGCAACGAAGCUAGUCACAAGUAGGGUCGCGCCAGGUCAUGUGGGGGCAGCAAGCACGGGCCAGCAGCAGGGCGCACUGAUCGGGGGUGCUGCCUCCGCCCAGCUCAUGGCCUCUCUCACUGCAGCACCAGCGGUGGGACCAGGAGCUGUGGCGAGUACAGGAACAAAAUUGUCGCCAGCGAGAGCAGUAGGCGCAGGGGCAGCAGGCAGCAGCGCGCAGCACCCUGCAGUUGCAGCAGUAGGCGCAGGAGGAGGGGGAGGCGGAGGAGGUGCAGCGGAGAGUGCAUCACAGUUGUCAGAAGCACUUGCGGCCGCAGCAGCAGGGGGUGGCGCGGGGACAGGGGGAGCAGCGGGGGCGCAGCUGUCAGCAGCGCUGGCAGCAGCGGGGGGCAGCAGCGCGCAGCUGUCGGCUGCACUGGCGGGCCUCACGGGGACUGGCAGAGGCGCCGCCUCCAAUGAACCCCGACUCAGGGACGUGCUCAGUGACCCCCUCACGGGUCGAUUGCUUGAUGACGCCGUGGUGGGGUGCUGCGGCCAUUCCUUCGGAGGGGCAACGCUGGCCGUUGUGCGCGAAUCAAGCACGUGUCCCGAGUGUGGCGCACACAUAGACGCCGCCACGCUCACCCCCAACCUCACCCUGCGUGCCGCCGUCGCUGCCUUCCGCCGCGAGUCCAGCUCCCUCGCUGCCGCCGCCAUGGCUGCUGCCGCUGCCGCUGCCGCCCAGUUCCAUCUGCUCUCUCUCACGCCUCCCUGCUUUCCCCCACUGUUCCUCCUCCCCUCUUCCACCCCGCCAAUUCAACCCGUCCCCCAGCUAUCCGCGGACACGCCCACCCACGCGCACCACCACGCGUCCUCAGCCUCACAGCACUCCCCUUCACUCUCCUUCGCCGUCGCCGCUGCCGCCGCCGCAGCCACAGCAGCCGGCUCUCCACCAGCAGUGCCCAUGGGGGGCCGAGGAGGGGCAUCCCUCCUCGCCUCCUUCGCCGCUUCCGCCUCUCCCACUGCCUCCAAGCCCGCUGCCCCGCUCCAAACCCUCCCUGGUCCGGCCCGAACCAGCUACGCUGCGCCAGGCUCGGUCACCGCCGCCAGCCUCCGAGCCUCAGCCGAGGCUCCCCAGCCGGGCACACAGCAGCCCGCCCAUCCUGCACCUGUCCGGCCGGUCCGGUCGUCCAGCACGGCCCAGUUCCCAUUCCGAGUGAACGACGUGGUGCUGAUAAAGGGCAACAAGCGCACACCGGAGCACUUCAUCGGGCGCAAGGCCAUCAUCACGACGCAGUGCCUCAACGGGUGGUACAUGGUGCGCACUCUCGAUGGCGCUGCUGACGAGGUGCGCCUGCAGUACCGGUCCCUGGAGAAGAUCCAUGCUGCUGCCGCUGCUGGGGGAGGAGGGGCAGGGGGGAGUGGAGGGGGUGGAGGAGCGGAUGGGGUUGGUGCUGGUGGGGUUGCGGGGGGGGGGAGUGUGGUGACAGGUGGGGGAGGAGGAGUGGGGGCGGGGGGAGAGGAGGGGUGGGUGGAGGCGAGGGGGAGAGUCAUCGGCUGCUGCCGCCAGCUGGGGUGCCCAAGGGGCGAGGGGGAGGGCAUGGUGGAGCGCGCAGGGAGACCAAAUCCAGUGAGUGCUGCUCUGCUCUGCUCUGUGUGCAUUGGAGGUUUCGCUAGUCUGGGGCGGCUGAUGUGGCUGAGUGUGGCCAUGCUUGCGAAACUUGCUGAAUCCUUCUGCACCGCACCUAGCCCUGGCUGUAGCAGCUUCCUUGGUGAAAUCUUUGUCACCACGUACCUCAUUUGCUUAACGUGCUGCUCGCUUCAUACAAGUAUACCUGCCCCCACACCCCUGCCUUCCCCCCUGCCUCUAUCGAACCCCACCUUCCCCCUUUUCUCAAACCCAUCCACCUGUUUUAAAGAACCUUUCAUCCCACUCCCACAACACCCCCCCCCCGGUCCCCUACCUACCCACCUCUUUCCGCCACGCCCCUUCCAACUCUCCUCUUCCUCCCGCCCUGUCUGUGUCCCUGCCUGCCAACUCUCCACCUGGUCGCCCCCUUCUCGCGGCAGUGGGGCGGGGCAGGGGAGGCCGGGGGGCGGGGAGGGCGGCAACAAAUGCAUCGCCCAUCAGCACGCCAGCGUCACUCUGCGGCAGUCUCUCCACGCCCAACGCGUCCCUCUGGACCGCCUCUCCAUGCCCAGCGCCUCCUUCUGGACCAGUGCGUCGCUCUCCUCCUCCACUCGUCCCCUGCCUGUGUUGCUCCCCCUCUUCUGCCUCUUCCUCUUGCCUGUCUACCUUGUGCCUCCUGUUCUCCCCCUACUCUCUCCCCUCCCCAACCCCCCGGCUACUCCUGUGUUUGCUCGCUCUGCUCUGCCCCGUUCGGUGGCAGGUUCGGCAGCAGCAUCGGAUGCAGCAGGGGGAGCAUCACGGUCAGUGUCAGUGUCGGGGGACUUUGGCAUGUGCAGCGGGCCGGCAGGGGAGGUGGAGCAGGGCGCCAUGUCCACCACUCCCAGAAGCGGCACCUCCCAUCAUGUCAACGCCCCAUCACGCCAUGCCGUCUGCCCACCACAGCUCAUCAACGGCUCCACAGAGCACGGUGGUUUAUCCGACGGCCAGCAGCGCGCCCACCACGCGGCAUCCAUUGGUCAUGCUGCCAUGCCCGUGCCUGCUAGCCCAGGUUCGGCCGUGCCUGCCAGUCCAGGCCGGGGGUAUGCGGCGGAGAGAACCGAUCCUGGAGGAGGUUCGGUAGCGGCAGGGGCGGCAGGUGUAGCAGGAGGCAGAGGCGGUGAGCUCAUCAGCGGUCGAAUCCUUGACAGUGGGCGCAGCGGAGCAGGUGGUGGUGUGGCAGCAGGGACGGGGGGGAAGCAGGGCAGGGGCAUUCCCUAG